AUGUUCACAGAUGGAUGGAUUUACUAUCAAUUCAGUCUUUACUAUGUUUCCACUGAGACGAAGAGCUGGACUGAGAGCAGAAGAUACUGUAUAGAGAGAGGAGCAGAUCUAGUGAUUAUAAAAGACAGCAAAAAACAAGAUUUUGUAAAGAAAAUAUCCUGUGGAUCUCAAACCUGGAUUGGUCUGACUGAUAUUGAAGUGGAAGGCACAUGGAAAUGGGUUGAUGGCAGCGCACUGACCUCUGGGUUCUGGAACAUUGAUGAGCCCCUUGGAUAUACAGUAGAGAACUGUAUUGUCACUAAUCUAAUAUUGCUCAUUGUCUAA